UGUCCAUGCUCUCAGCUAGUGGAUGUCUGUUGUCUCAGGUGUCCAUGCUCUCAGCUAGUGGAUGUCUGUUGUCUCAGGUGUCCAUGCUCUCAGCUAGUGGAUGUCUGUUGUCUCAGGUGUCCAUGCUCUCAGCUAGUGGAAGUCUGUUGUCUCAGGUGUCCAUGCUCUCAGCUAGUGGAUGUCUGUUGUCUCAGGUGUCCAUGCUCUCAGCUAGUGGAUGUCUGUUGUCUCAGGUGUCCAUGCUCUCAGCUAGUGGAUGUCUGUUGUCUCAGGUGUCCAUGCUCUCAGCUAGUGGAAGUCUGUUGUCUCAGGUGUCCAUGCUCUCAGCUAGUGGAUGUCUGUUGUCUCAGGUGUCCAUGCUCUCAGCUAGUGGAUGUCUGUUGUCUCAGGUGUCCAUGCUCUCAGCUAGUGGAUGUCUGUUGUCUCAGGUGUCCAUGCUCUCAGCUAGUGGAUGUCUGUUGUCUCAGGUGUCCAUGCUCUCAGCUAGUGGAUGUCUGUUGUCUCAGGUGUCCAUGCUCUCAGCUAGUGGAAGUCUGUUGUCUCAGGUGUCCAUGCUCUCAGCUAGUGGAUGUCUGUUGUCUCAGGUGUCUCAGGUGCCCAUGCUCUCCAGGGAUCAGGUAUCUUGCUAUGUGUGACACUAGUGCUGUGCAGAGAUCACAAUUCUAAAUCCUCUGGGUUAUUUGCACUAUUAUACAGUAGGCAUUUCAAAUGAUGAUGACAUGUUUUGGUUACUGGAGUUUAGCUCAUAGAGACAGGGACAUAAUGUACUGGAGGAUGACUUAAAAUGCGUCUUUUAAUGCUGUUUUAAAAUUAGACAAAAUGUCUCUAUUAUGACAGAUUUU